UCGGGCGAAUUGGAAAAUAGAUGUUUUUACAGCUGAUUGAUAUUGAAAAAGCAACGCUGCGACACGCAGUUCGAGGCGAAAGAGCGUGUAAAAGAACAAACAAAGUAUGAAAGGCAAAUAUCACACUCACACAAGCGACCAGCUGUUCAUUUCGCCUUUGGCUUUUGAAGUGCGUCGAAAUUAAAGUGGCUGAAAACCUGGAGAACGUAUAUACCUUUGGACAAAUAACAGUUAUUUUAUGGUGAUUUCGGGCAAAAAGUGGGUGGCCGCAAACGUCAUCGAAAGCCGCAUUUCGCCCCCUCCGUUCUGUUUGUUGUUGUGUUUGCUGUUGCUUUUCAAUUCGCCCCAUCUCUCUCGCUCGUUCUCACCGCUCAUUCUUUCUGCAGCCACCAAUUGUCAUGGUGUUAAGAGAAGAGGAAGCAGCAGCCCGUGAGCACAUUGUGCGCUAGUUUUUGCCGAUUUACACCCAGAAAUCGGGCCGAUAUCGCCCUGAAAGCCCUACCAAUCGACAGGUGACGUUGCUACCUGUAAUUUGCGAUCAAAAACUAAAAGCUAACCCAAAGGGAACCGAGUGAAAAACGUGGCGGAAAAAUCCAUACGAAGACGGAAUGGAAAAAAUGUGAUUGCUGCUUUUACUUAUUAAAUUGUUGAUGUGAAGAAUCCUUAGGUGCUAAUUUAGUUGAUAAGCGCAAAAAACAAGAGAGAGAGAGAGAGCGAUAAACAGGCAGUACAAUAAGUAAACCGACACGAGAGCUGGAAAUUCCGACUGGGUGGCAACUUUUCGAAGGCAGUGCUUAAAAGUAUGCUACAAUUUAAUGCCAGCGAUUGCCGACUGAGGCGAACUUAACAGAAUCAGCCACAUAUAUAUAUAGAAUAUAUAUAGACAACCAGGAGAGAGAGGAGAGAGAGAGAGAGCGAGGAAGAGGAGAGUGCGAGGCGGAGAAUCGCCAAAGAAUCACGAAGAACCGGCAGCGAAAUGUCCAAGUUCUUUGUGAAUGUUGCUCCUAUCAACAAACACAGCAGCAGCGGCAGCAACAACUCCACCAACAGCACCCAGCGACACCAGCAACAGCACUAUGGCGCGGGCGGGGCAACUGGCCACACGAUGGUGGCCCGCAGACUUAACUACGAUCAGCUCGGCGGCGGCGGCACCACCAACAUCAACAACAACAACAAUAUUGUGAUCAAGAACGAGGCCCUCGAUCUGGACUACGAUCACGGUCUGAGCAGCAGCGACAGCAACAGCAACAGCAACAGCGGCGUAGCAGCCCAUCUGCGGGAUCAUGUCUAUAUCAGUCUGGACAAGGGGCACGUCACGGGGACGGGGGCAGUGGCAACAGCAACAGCGGGCCACUUGCAGCCGCAACAGCAGCAGCAGCACCACCAAAAUCAGCAGCACCGCAAAACGGCCGGCAAAUCCAACGAUAUCACAAAUUAUUACAAGGUCAAACGCCGGCCACACGCCGUCACCGACGAGAUCCACCCGAAGAAGCAGGCAAAGCAGAGCGCCCACCACCAAACGGUGGGGUACCAGAAGCAUGUGGCCAGCAGCACGCCCCAACAGCUGCGACACAGCCACCUUCAGCAGCUUCAACAUGCCGCGGAUGCCGAGCUGGACGAGGAUGUGGUGGAGCGAGUGGCCAAGCCGGCUUCGCAUCACCCAUUCGCUCUGUCGACGCCCCAGCAACAGUUGGCCGCUUCGGUGGCCAGCAGUUCGGCGAGCGGGGAUCGCAAUCGGGCGGACACCUCGCUGGGAAUACUGACCAAAAAGUUUGUGGACCUGCUGCAGGAGUCACCGGAUGGCGUUGUGGAUCUGAACGAGGCCUCCAAUCGGUUGCACGUGCAAAAGCGACGCAUCUACGACAUCACCAAUGUCCUCGAAGGCAUCAACAUCCUGGAGAAGAAGUCCAAGAACAACAUCCAGUGGCGCUGCGGGCAAUCAAUGGUCAGUCAGGAGCGAUCGCGGCGCAUCGAGGCGGAAUCGGUGCGGCUGGAGCAGUUCGAGAACGAGCUGAACAUGGCCAUCGACCAGAUGCGCGGCAAUCUGGCCGAGAUCUCGCAGGAGGUGGAGAACUCCGGCGGCAUGGCCUACGUUACGCAGAACGACCUGCUCAACGUGGAUCUCUUCAAAGAUCAGAUCGUCAUCGUUAUCAAGGCGCCGCCAGAGGCCAAGCUUGUGCUGCCCAACACAAAAUUGCCGCGCGAGAUUUACGUGAAGGCGGAGAACAGCGGGGAGAUCAACGUCUUCCUCUGCCAUGACACCUCGCCGGAGAAUUCGCCGAUUGCGGCGGGCGCCGGCUAUGUGGGAGCACCAGGAGCCGGAUGCGUUCGAACGGCCACCUCCACCCGACUGCAUCCGCUGACCAACCAGCGGCUGAACGAUCCGCUCUUCAACAAUAUCGAUGCCCUGAGCACCAAGGGAUUGGUUCCCACGCCCUACCGCUCGGCCCGUAACCUCAGCAAAUCGAUCGAGGAAGCCGCCAAGCAGUCCCAGCCUGAAUAUAAUAACAUUUGUGAUAUUGCGAUGGCCCAGCAUCAUAAUCUGAACCAGCAGCAGCAGCAGCAGCAACUGCCGGAGGAGGACGAUGUGGACACGGAGCUGAGUCAGCUGGUACCGACACUGACGAAUCCGGUGGUCCGCAGCCAUCAGUUCCAUCAGCAGCAGCAGCACCAGCAGACCUCCAUCCAGGAGCUGUUUAGCAGCUUAACAGAAUCCUCGCCCCCAACGCCCACCAAGCGUCGUCGGGCGGCAGCAGCCGCAGCAAUUGCCGCAGGCAGCGCAACAGCAGCAACCACUACGCUUAAUAGUCAUAACAACAACAGCAACCACAGCAAUCAUAGCAACCACAGCAACUCCCAACCACCCACAAUAGGCUACGGCAGCAGUCAGCGACGCAGCGAUGUGCCCAUGUAUAAUUGUGCAAUGGAAGACGCAACUGUAACAACAGCAGCUGCAUCUGCAUCUGCAGCAGCAACUGCAACAUCGCGCACGGCAGCAGCAACACAAUCGUCGGCGAUAAGCUCGCUGCAAAUGCAAUUCGCUGCCGUGGCGGACAGCAGCAACAACAGCAGCAACAGCAACGAUGACGGCGGCUAUGGCAGCAUUGCUGGCGCUGGCGCCAACGCUGAUCCCCAUCAGCCGUUCAGCCAUGGCCGCCACAGCCUGCCGCCCAGCGCGGCCGACUGCGAUGCCAAUAGCAACAGCAGCAACGUGACGCUUCAGGGCCUCGAUGCGCUCUUCAACGACAUUGGCUCGGACUACUUCAGCAACGAUAUUGCCUUUGUGUCCAUCAAUCCGCCGGACGACAACGACUAUCCGUAUGCGCUGAACGCGAACGAGGGCAUCGAUCGGCUGUUCGACUUCGGAUCGGACGCCUAUGGACCCUAGACGUCCACGGAACACACUCACACGCAUAUAUCUACAAAAUUGGGAUUCUGGGGGUGUUUAUAAUUUUAAAUUAUAUACAAAUGGCAAAAGAAAAAAAAACAAAACAAAAACUAAAUCCAGCAAAUUACAAAUUAUUAAAUUAUUUGAUUGCAAAAACCACAAACAAACAAAAAAUCCAAAAACAAAACACAAAAAAAGCGAAUCAGCAAAACUUAAUGAAACUAAGUUGUGUGUAAAGUUUUAAGCGUAAAAUAUAUACAUUUAAAUUUAUAACCCAAACUAAUUUAAGCGAAAACACAAAAUCUACUUUACAAAAACUCAGCCUCACGAGAGAAACGGAAAAAAAGGAGAAGUUGUAGCAAGAAGAGCCACAUUUUAUAAGCAGAUUUCAAUUUUAGCCUUAAAGCAAAACCAAGGAGAAGCGAAAGGAGGAUCAGGAAUACUAUGUAAAUGG